GUACGGAGCCGUUGGGGCCUGGAGGAGCCGCGAUGCCGCUGUACGAGGGCCUGGGAAGCGGCGGGGAGAAGACCGCCGUGGUGCUCGACCUGGGCGAGGCCUUCACCAAGUGUGGUUUUGCAGGUGAAACAGAACCUAGAUGCAUUAUUCCUAGUAAAAUAAAGAAACCUGAUGUCCCUAAGCCAAUCACUGUUGUUCAGUACAAUAUCAGUGCAGAAGAGCUAUAUUCGCAUCUGGAGGAAUUCAUUCAUAUGUUAUAUUUCAGACAUCUUCUGGUGAAUCCCAGAGACCGUCGUGUUGUGAUCAUAGAAUCUGUCCUCUGCCCUUCACACUUCAGAGACACUCUUGCCAGAGUCCUUUUCAAGCAUUUUGAGGUACCUUCUGUUUUGUUUGCUCCAAGCCAUCUCAUGUCUCUUCUGACACUUGGGAUCAACUCUGCCAUGGUGCUAGACUGCGGAUAUAAAGAAAGCUUGGUGCUGCCUAUUUAUGAGGGAACUCCAAUUCUGAGCUGCUGGGGUUCUCUUCCUUUGGGAGGAAAAGCCAUCCACAAGGAGCUGGAAUAUCGGCUGUUGGAGCAGUGCACAGUUGAUACAGGAUUAGCCAAAGGACAAAGCCUUCCGUCUGUAAUGGGCUCGGUUCCAGAAAACAUAGUUGAGGAUAUAAAAGUUCGCACUUGUUUUGUGAGUGAUCUCCAACGUGGACUGAAAAUCCAAGCAGCCAAGUUCAACAUUGAUGGCAGUGCUGAGCGUCCUUCACCACCUCCAGAUGUGGACUAUCCUUUAGAUGGUGAAAAGAUUCUCCAUGUAGUUGGCUCCAUCCGAGACUCAGUUGCGGAAAUACUGUUUGAACAGGAUAAUGAAGAGACAUCUGUUGCCACUUUGAUCUUAGAUUCACUCAUUCAGUGUCCCAUAGACACCAGGAAGCAGUUGGCAGAGAACUUGGUGGUUAUGGGUGGCACUGCCAUGUUGCCGGGAUUCCUCCACAGACUGAUGGCUGAAAUCAGGUACCUGGUAGAGAAACCAAAAUACAGAGAAGUGCUUGCGACUAAAACCUUCAGAGUUCACGCUCCACCUGCCAAACCCAACUACGUGGCGUGGCUGGGAGGAGCCAUUUUUGGAGCACUUCAGGACAUUCUUGGGAGCAGGUCUGUGUCCAGAGAAUAUUACAGCCAGACGGGGCGCAUACCUGACUGGUGCUGUCUGAGUAAUCCUCCACUGGAGAUGAUGUUUGAUGUUGGAAAAGCACCCCCACCACUGAUGAAGAGGGCUUUUUCUACUGAGAAAUAAGCACUAAAAUGCUACACGAGGAUUCUCCUCUUCUGUUUCAAGUACAUGUAUAUAAAUAUCAGUAGGGUUUUUUAAUAUGAAGUAACCUGUGUGUAAUGCCAUUAAAUAUGACCAGUGUGGAUGUUCUGGGGGAGUACAGGGGUAGUUCCUAACACUGUAUGUG